AUGAUCAUUGACAAUGUGCCAAGAUCUACUAAAAAGGGUGGGGAUAUUCCAGCUGCUACAGAAGAAGAUGUUAACGUUUUUGUGGAUGCUGCUCACAAAGCUCUGCAAAUUUCUUCACGAGAAAGCAUUUUCAACCAUGGAAGUUGCCACACACGAACUGAUACAUCCAACAGUAGAUGUUUUGUUGUCAAUGCUUGCAAUAAGAAACCUGAUCAAAACAUUCAUCUUGAAUCUAAGGUUUUGCUUGAGCGGAUUGAAAUGACAUGUGAUCCAACCUAUCUUGUUAAUUUUGUGGAGUUAUAUACUGUGCUGGCUUCCUUUCAAUUUCAUGAAGGAAGGGUCCUAAACUCGCUUAAUGGGAUAAAAGACAUGAAGUCACGUCUAACAUCGAAAGCCAAAUACAUGUUGUCAGGUUGGAAGAGAAUGAUGUGGGAUAUUAGUUUAAUAAACAUCAAGAUAAUUAUUCCCUGGGAGAAUGGGAAGUCAGAGAUACAUAAAUUGGUACUUGGAUUAACAGCUGUCACCUUUUCAUCCAAUCAUGAUGUUAGCUGUUUUGCACCAGAUAUCAACGUACCUUCUCAAUUCAUGAGGAAUUUAAUAGAUGACAAUUCUUCAAGUGAGCUUCUAGAAGGAACUCAGAUUCAAGAUCUGUAUGAUCUCUUGGAAAUUAAACUAGUCGACUUCCAGAUAAACUUGAUUGUGCCAUUCUAUCCUACUUAUUAUUUUCCUAUUCUGGAAAACCUCAAUGCUUCUUCUACUUUAGCAUUGUGCAUUGUUCAGGAUGAAUCAUUACUGAAAGCAAUUGAGUGGAGCUCCAAUGGUCAUCUACUAGAGAUUCUUAUGGGAAGCUUGUUGUUUCAUGGUAUCAUAACUGCAAAUGUGAUGGAAGGAUCGGUUGAUAGUAAGCUUCAAGUGAACUACAAUAACAUUCAUAAGGUAUUAUGGGAGCCUUUCCUUGAACCCUGGAACUUCCAAGUAAGCUUAAGAAGAGAGCAAGGAAAAAGUUCCCUUCAAAACAACCCAGUCAUGACAAAUGUUCAUCUCAAGUCAACAAUGAAUCUCAAUAUCAAUGUUACAGAAUCCUUGAUUGAGGUCAUACUCACAAAUGCAACAACAAUGCCAUUUGAAGUCAGAUUCGAUAUACCAUUUGGUGUAUCUCGCAAGAUUAUGGACCCUGUAUAUCCAGGACACGAGUUUCCUCUUCCUCUACAUUUAGCAGAAUCAGGUCGGAUAAGAUGGCGUCCAUUAGGGAACACUUACCUAUGGAUUGAAGCUUAUAUCAUUUCCAAUAUUCUUUCCAAUGAAAGGUCUAGAAAUGGGAUUAUUACUAAUAACAAUAGAUAA